AUGGAAAAUGGUGAAUUAUUGACUUCGAGAUGGGGGGCCUGUGAUGCUAUUGCGAUAAAAAUAGAGAAACCUAUUCCACCAGCUACAAUUCCAUCUGUGAUGACUGCUUGGCACUAUUGUAUAAAUAAUCAAACAGUUUCUGAUGCAUUAAACCCUAUAAUGUAUGAAUUUAGAACAAUUGAUCGUCAAGGAAUCUAA